AUGGCUCCCUGUGAGGGAGGGUCCUACGAAGUCUAUCCGUCCUCCGGGGCCGGUGCAGCUUGGUACCCGAGAGGCGAGCCAAUUACGCGCGUGUGGGGCACCUCGCUGAACCGUCAAGGAGGGGACGGCGUGCAGAGCGGCCUCAUCACGGCGGAAAUCGAGAAUAAAAAGGUGAUGCUCCUCACCACGCCGGUGUACUCAGGGGACACAGGCAAAGAAAAAGGGGAACUGCAUCUUUGGCUGACCGACAGCGCCCGCGUGCACGAUGUCGGGCCGGUGUCACGUGAAGCCGAUGACGCCGCUGCCAGUUCCCUGCUGUACAAAGGCGGUGCGUCGGGUGAGCUGCUACUACUGUACGAGAAGAAGGAGAAUGGAGACACUUACGGCCUCGUAUCUCUGAGCCUGUCCACGCAGCUGGAGCAGAUAAAGUCCGUGGUGCAGACCUGGAAGGACAUGGACGCCGCCUUGGAGAAAUGCAAACCCGGUGGCAGCGUUGACCCGCGUAUAAAUGGCGUGUGCAACGGCCCUGUUCCCACCAAAAGGACUGGUGGGACUUUUGUCCCACACACUGGCCGGGACUGA